CUUGUCUAAUCACCUCCUGGUUAUAUUGAAUUGAUUAAGUAUUUGAUUGUUUGUAUUAUUUGGUUUGAUCUUUCCCCUUUUUUUUUCUUUUUCUUCUUCUUUUCUUCUUUCCUUUUAUAAUGUCAUCUACUAAUAAUUUGGGUGACGUAUUCACUGGUGGUGCUACAACAUCUCAGCAUGUGGACGCUGAGGAUGAUGACCAUUUUGAGAAUACCACUUUUAAAUUAAAGAGAACCAGAUCUUUGGGAUUAUUAGAUGAAUUCAUCGAUCCUUCAGAACAAGAAAAAAUUAUUCAACAGCAAAAUAAUACAAAAUCAGAGCCAGCAGUUGAUGAUAGUGAUGAAAAUGAAAUUGAUGAACGAUAUACCAUUAUAGAUGAUACGGAAUCACCAUUAUCAUCAGUUCAAUCAACAACUUCUGCAUCUAAUUCAUCAAAAUCCCCAUCUCCAGUUACUACAAUAAAAUCACCAGAAAUUUUACCCCAUGACGAUACUGAUCUAACAUCGGAGCCCUCCAGGCACGUUGAUUAUUUAUCUCAUCAAUGGGAUGUGAGUGAUAUAUCAAAAAGUUGGAGAUAUGUUAUUAGCAAACGUAAAGACGUGGCAAACUCAGCUCGUUUAGAAAACGCUUCGUGGAGAACUUGGGCUCAAAGAAGAUCUAAUUUGAAAACAAUUAGUCCGGAAGUUGUUAAUUGGUCAAAAGAUUCUGAUGUGACUUGGUUAUAUGGUCCAAUUUUAAAUGAUGAUGAAAGUAAUAACAAUAACAAUAAUAAUAAUAAUAAAGAUGAUAAUAACCAUCACCAUCAUCAAACAACUGCAACAAGUGCAGUUGCUGGGGAUAUUUCAAUUCCAAAUAAGAGUAAAAAGGGUCCAAAACCGAUUUUGAAAAGAAGAACAGUUCAAGAUAUGAUGAUCAGUCAUCUGAAUUUAUUAAAAUUACAAUUAGCAACUAAUCGAUUGCAAGAUCGUGAUAGAAGAAGAAGUCAACGUGAAAGGAUUGAAGCAGCUAACUCGAAUUAUGAUGAAACUCAUCCUUUCACUAAUGAUGAUGAUCAUGAUAAAUCUUCCAAUGAAAAACCUCCGGAAUAUUUUGAUUAUGAUGCUAUAUCGGCUAAAUUAAACAGUCAAUAUAAAAAUUAUUCGAAUCCAACUUCAAAUCUUAAUAGUUCUACUGAUUUAACUGGUUUAAAUAAUUCAAAUUCAUCUAACACUUCUUUAAAAGAUCAUAAUUCUUCUCCCAAUAAUGACACUAAUUUUAAUGAUAAUGAUAAUUCUAAUGUUAAAUAUAAUAAUGAUUUAACUGAUAAUUCAAUCAAUGAUAACACUAAUCAAAAUAAUAUUAAUGAUAAUAAUGAUAAUUCUACUUCAAUUCCAAAAAAUGAACGUAGAAUUCAUUUCAAUGAUGAAGUUCAACAAUGUAUUGCCAUUGAUGAUUAUGAUGAUGAAGAUGGUGAUUAUGAUGAUGAAUAUGAUGAUGAUUCUCAAGAUGAUGAUAGCUAUUAUUAUGAUGAUGAAAGUGAAGAUAGUUAUAUUUAUGAAACUCCUAAUCGUAAUGAAAAUGAUGAUACCGUCAACGAUUUGGAAAAUGAUGAUGAUGAAGAUGAAGAAGAAGAUGAUGAAGGUGGAUUUUUCUUAAAUGUUAAAUCCUCAAACAUUCAAAAUGUCCCCGGCUUGGGUUCUUCAACUUCAAAAGAUAGUACAAAUAGUAAUAGUGAUAGCUUGUCAACUCCAAAUGCUAAUGAUAACACUGAAGAUACUGAUCUGAUUUCAACAAACAAUAGUAAAUUUUAUCGUACUAUUCAAUUAUUACCUCCUACAAGUUUAAAUUAUGGUUCUUCUGAUGAAGAAAGUGAUGAAGAAAAUCCUUAUACUUCUUCCUUGUCUCAUAACGUUAAUAACAAUAGUAGUAGAGGUUACGACUAUUAUUAUGAUUAUAAUACAGUUUACACUGUUGAUCCAAAUCAUGCUAUUUAUGGUUCAAAUGCGGCUAACAAGACUCCAGACGUUGUUGAUGUACCUGAUAAUAUUACUAUGGGUCUGAAUUUUGAUUAUGAUAUCAUUGAGAACGAAGAAUUUGAUCAUAAAAAUUCAAAUAUUCAAAAUAAUGAUUAUUCACAAAACGAUGAAAGAAAUAGCAUCAAUGUUCCUGUUAUUAAUCCUGCAGUGGUUAAUAAUAACAACAUCAAUUAUUCUUCACAAUUUCCCCAACAUUCAAUGAAUAAUGAUCAGGCUCAAAAGGAACGUUUGCCUAUUUCAGCUCUUGAUGAUUCAGCUGCAAAUAGAUUAUCACCUAAAAAUUCUAAUAGUGAUGACGAAGAAGAGUCAGAUUCUGAUAGUGAUGAUGAAGGUGGAUUAUCUAUAAGCGCUAGAAAUUCAAGUCAAUCAUUGGCACAGCUGAUUUUUGGUAAUUCAAAUAUGACGAGUACAAAUGAUGAUAAAGAAAGACAUUUUCCGGCUUCAUUUGAAGAACCAAGCCCAAUUCAUGGUCACAUGUCUUCAAUGAAUCCUAAUCAUUCAUCUACUGAACUUAGUAAACAGCCUCACUCAUCGCACUCCUUAAGCGAAUCAUUUUUCGUUGGUGGUACUAAUGAACUAACUAAAAAGAGAAGAUCCAGUAGCGCUUUGGCAGACCAAUUCUUUAACCUGAGCCUGCCAAGUCAGGAUAAUGAUAAUGAAAAUAAUUAUAAAUUAGACUCAUCAGACUAUAAAUCCUCUUCCCCAUCCGAAGUUCAGAAAAAAUCAUCUCCUUUACCACCUUAUAUGAAUUCUGCAAAUGCAUUUUCAGGUCGCUCAACCAGCCCAAAUUCAAAUUCUGAUCAAAUCUCAAGUGCAAACUCAAGUUUUAGAAGUGCUCACUCAACUUUACCCCCACGUCAUAAUACUUUUAUGUUUGAUUCUGACAGUGAUUCAGAAGAUGAAUAUGUGGAAGAUGCUUCUCCUCCACCAACUGAUGCAUCCCCUCAAAGUGAAAAUAUAAGACCUCCUAAUCUGGAUAAUCCCUCUAGCUACUCAUCGCUUGCUCAAGUAGCUGAUAGAAAUGGCAUCAAAAGCCCUUCUCCAGAUAAUUCUCAUAUCUCAGAUAAUCUUAAUGAAGCAGAAAAACGUAAUUUUGUUGGCCAGGCUCGAGGAUUAGCUAGCCAGUUUUUAGAAAAUUGGAAACAUCAUGAAUAACAUUGCACUGUCCAAUAGCAAAAGCCCAUACAAUUUACAUAAAACUUACACGAUUUACACUUUUUUUUCUUUAUUUUUCUAUUUCAUUCUCAAGGUGAUGGUUAGUAUCACCAUGCCAUUAUUGCCCUUUCUUCUCUUGUGUUUAUAAUUUUUGGAAACUGUUAUGAUAAUCAGUUAGUAUUCAUUCAUCUGCAAAUUUAAUUUCAUAAAAUCCGU